AUGCCCUUGUUCUCUAGAAAUCGCCCGGCCUCUGAUGCCCCACCCCACCUCUCCGACGUCCACACUAGCCCCCGUAAACGUCUCUCGGUAGAUUCACCCACUGCUCCCUCAAAUGGCGACCCUCCCACCACUCCAUCGAGACUGAAAGCUCUUUUACAAAAGGGACGGAGUACUGUCAAUCUCGGCAACACCGAUGAGCCGGUGCCGAAACGAAAGACUUCUGGGCCAAACUUCUUCAGACGGCGUAGCUCUAAUGCAUCGUCCGACCCAUCCAGGCGUGGGCCUGCUCAAUCAACCGAGCCUGUAACGCCCCCACGGACACCUCACACAGGAUCAUCGGGCGCUGCCAUGGCUCGCUAUGCUGAUUCCGCUCCCCGUCACUCGUCCCAAUUCACCUCCCCCACUCUCUUUCCCGAAAACUUCACCCUUUCCAGCACCAUCUCCCCUGAAGCCCAGCAUGUCGACUCAAUUGAUUCUUCUCCGGGGCUAGGCGCCUCGUCGCCGCCCAACAGGAGCGCCAGACAGAGCUGGCAACCAUCGUAUCCUCUCGUCGUUCCCGAUGACAGCUAUGCGGAUGUCCCACCUGAUGGUCAUGGAACGCCUGCGGCCGAGUCCAGUGUGAUCGCAAGCGCUGCGGGAAAUGAGAAUGCAAAGAGGAGGUCGAUGGAUGCGCAAAAGUUGGAGGGGUGGAGACCGCUGGAGCCGGAAAAGAAAGAGUCUGCCCCUCAGGCGGAAAGCGCUCCGUCCAUUGGGCAGAACGAGGUCCCGCCAUAUGCCCCUUCCAGCGAGCUCGUUACUCCACCAUCGUCAGAGCCUCAACUGUCGGGGUCUACCCCGGCACCUUUGAAAAGCCUGGCGUCCACCGGUGAGCCGCAAGGGUCUCGUCCUUCAACAGCGAGUACACAAAAAACAGCCACCAGCCUGGCGACAAUCCAUGCAGACGGACAAUACCAAUUUGUGCCUUCUGCAACCUCAUCACCUCGGAUAAGCACACAAAACAUCUAUCCUUCGCCUGCCGCGACACCCUCUGCUCCAUCAUCACCAUCUUCAACUUUUAGAGCGAGACCCGGUCCACCACCUCGCAAAAUCACCAUCCACUCUCCCCCCAUGCCCCAGCCCAUCAAGAAUCUGCCUACCCUCACAAACCUCUCCUCGGUCGCAAACGGGUCUGCCGCCCCAGAGAUGACCGUGCCGACCCCUGUGCAAACGCCUGGGUGGGGUGAACUGGCAAAGGAGGGAGGUCCCAAGACCCCUGGAAGUGGAUUGAGGUCACCAGGGUGGACGGGUGCGUGGAAUAUGCCAAAGACUCCGGGGCUUGGUGCGUUCAGUUUGAACCUCCCGCCUCCUGGCAAGGAUAAAAGGUCAGAGAGACAAGAGUUGUCCGAGCAAGAGCUCAGAAAGGCCAGGAGAGCGAUGCCGGUCAUGUUGAGACAGCCAUCAAGCGCUCCUUCGGCUGAGGAUGACGAAGGUGGUGAGGCGGGAGACGACGAUGAAGAGGAAGAUGACGGCUCGGACGAGGAAGCGGACGAGGAAGCGGACGCGGAUGAAGGUGAUUCGGACAACGACAGUGACUACGAGACGGAUCGACCUUCCGGCUCGGCUAUGGGCCUCGGACGGCUCGUUGGGAAGGGCAAGGGCAAGGAGAAAGGAAAAGCCAGUAGGAAAAUAUCGCAUACCCAGGUCGGGGAUGUUGCCAAAAGUCCAAAUGGCAAAUCAGUAUGGUCUUUAGCGACGCCUGCAAAAGAAAAGGAUCAGUCCACAGCAUGGGCUUCGUUCGGCGGAGAAACACCCAAAGGAGCGCCUGCCACCCCCGGAUGGGGCUGGAAACCGACCGAACUCGAGGAGGGCUCUCCAAUCACACGUACCGGUAGCGCGCAGCCUACAGCGACAGCGACAGCUGCUGCUCGUGCUGCUCUCACACGCGACGUCUCUUCGUAUGCCACCAGCUUCUCUACAUCCGUCACUUCGAGUGGCUAUUUCGAUUCGCAACCUUCAUCGAGUGGCCCUAGUCAAAUGCCAUCGCCAAGUCCCGCGGAGCGGCAGCAGGAGCCAUUACCCAUUCUUGACAAGGGAAAGGGCAAGGCAUUACUUCCCAGCGAUUCGGGCCUUGCACCGGGGCUGCCAAUCGGUCUCGGAGUCCCUGUUGGCACUACCGCGACCGUUGAUGACCCUCCUGUGGUCAACCGGGAAUCAUCUGCUGAUGAUGAAGACGAUGAAGUCAUAAGUGUCAUCGAGGAAGAGAGCGACGAGGAAGAUGGAAGAGGUACAACAAGUGAAGGAACGAAUGAGGUCGACACACCUUCUGUCGAGGCGGUGGAGCCAUCCUCGACAGGUCUGGCGGCUCGACCAUCCAUCCCAUCAAGACCCUCUCUCUACACCCAGGGUUCCAUCUCCAUGAUUGAUCUCCCUUCAAGGCCGAAGGACACUGCGAAUACAAGUGCACCACAGGUGUCUGUAAAGCCCAGCCUUCGUACUGUACAGUCGGGUGAAGCUGUUCCCCUGCAUAUCGACCUGCCUCCUCCCAAUGCUGGACCGAGUGGGUUGAUGAGCCCAGCCGAAUGGGCGAAACCCCCUCCCACACCCGCGCUUGGAAUUGACCGCUUUAAUCUCGGGGUCAAGCCCAGCAAACCCCUCGCUGCCAAGCGGCGUAGGUCUGCGGACGACCUUUCAGCACCUCCGCCAAAGUACGAGCCGCCCUUCCCUGGGACUUUCAUCCCCAAACCGAGGGACGAAGAAGGUCAGGAACUUUUGCCCAAAUACUGGUGCUCGGUGCAUAUUGAGGGUAUGCUGCAACGCAAGAUGGAGUUUGUGGGUGAGCGCGACCUAAGCACUGAAGGAACAGACGGCAAGCGUAAAGUGGAAAAGAUUCAAGCUCGAGACCGAAGCUGGAAGAAGCUCUACUUUAUUCUCCAUGGUACAGCGCUUCUCGUCUACAAGUUUGAUCCUCAUCGCUUCCCACUCAGGGCGAAUGACCAGUCGCCGGUACCCACUAUCGACGAUGAAGAAAUGGACGAGCACUUGCAUGUGCAUCCUACGCCCGAGAGAAGGAGGCGAGCGUCGAGCGUUGGUGGUUCUUCGGUGGGAGGCCGGCGGUCGUCGAAUGCGACCAUUGGCGGAGAUAGUGGACGACGAGGAUCUGCCGACAGCACCAAUGGGUCCAUCAUCCCCAGACGUGGUUCGGGCGAAUCCAAUUCGGCUUCUUCCAUUGGACUUCCUAUCCCAGGCCGACGUGGGUCUGAAUCCAAUAACCUGGGAUCAGGGAGCUACCGUCGAAGCUCGCUCAGUAUCGUCACGAAUGCCAACGGCUCGAGCAGCAAUGUGAGCGAGGAAAAGGAUGCCAACAUGUUUACUGGUAGCACUCGACGAGGUUCAAUGUCGCAAGGCAAUGCGCCGAAUCUGUCUAGCAGCCAGUCUUCUAUCGGCACUGGCAAUCCGCUGUCUAGCCAUUUCCAGCACAAUGCCCUUGUCAAGCAGUACUCGCUCAACAAGACGGAGAGUGGUUUGGCGGCCGACUAUCACAAGAGGAAGAAUGUGGUCAGAGUGAGGGCGGACGGAGAACAAUUCUUGCUGCAGACAGAAAGCGCGAGGGAUAUGGUUGAUUGGGUCGAGGCAUUCCAAGCGGCCACAAACGUAGCCAAGGACUUGGAUCAGCGUCCAAUGCCAAAGAUCAUUACCCUGCCCCGUCGUCGAAGAAGACGCAACCAGCAAGCCCAAGCUGCUGCUGCUGCCGCUGCGGCCGCCGUCCAGGCCAACGGUCCGCAGGGUGAGGGUCAGGCUGUAGACGCAGCGUUGAGAGUGAGCCGACAGGUGGCAGCGUCGGACUUGGCGGAUAGAGAGCGAGAGAGAAUGUUGAUGGAAGACCAGGAAGCUGCGGUGUCUUGA